AUGCCCAGAACCAGAUCUGGGUUCCACUUGGACUUGGGUCACCUAUGUAAGUCACCUCACAUCUCUGAUCCUCAGGGCAGCGGACAGUGUGCCGCCAUGGAGUUGGGGUCUCUAGAAGGCGGGUACCUGGAGCUUCUCAACAGCAGUGCCGAUCCCUUGCAGCUCUACCACCUCUAUGACCAGACGGACCUGGCUAGAGAAGAGAUUGAGCUCUGCUCAGAACCCGACAUGGACACCAUCAACUGCGAACAGUUCAGCAAACUGUUGUGUGACAUGGAAGGUGAUGAAGAGACCAGGGAGGCUUAUGCCAAUAUCGCGGAACUGGACCAGUACGUGUUUCAGGACUCCCAACUGGACGGUCUGGGCAAAGACAUUUUCAUCGAGCACAUAGGAUUGGAAGAAAUGAUCAGCGAGAGUGUCGAGGUGCUGGAGGAAGCAGGGCAGAAAAGUCAGAAAAGAUCCUUCCCAGAGGAGCUGUCUGUGGACUUGAAGCACAGGAAGCUGGCCGAGCCCCUCGCUAUGCCCAUGGUGACUGGCACGUUCCUGGUCGGGUCAGUGAGUGACUCCGCAGCUCUGCCCUGCUUGUCACCACCUGCUGUGUUCAACAAGGAGCCAGCAUCCGGCCAGAGCUGGCUGGAGGAGACCGUCCUGAUGCCUGUGCACCCUUCCAGUUCCUUGCUGAGCCACCUGAGUCUUCCUGCUGGAUGUAUCCAGAUCAUCCCUGGCCUCCCCUCUCUGCCCCAGGGGCUCUGGCAAAUCUCAGGGGCUGGGAUGGGGGUGUCUGGUAUGGUCAUCUAUCAAGGCGAGAUGCCCCAGGCCAGCCAAGUGCUUCCUUCCAGUGGCCCAGCUGUGCAGAGCCUCCCCAAGUCCCCAGAUCGGCCCGGCUCCACCAGCCCCUUUGCCCCGUCUGCAGCUGACCUUCCUGGAAUGCCAGAACCAGCUUUGACCUCCCGUGCAAAUACGACAGAGGACCAGAUGUCCCCUAUCCAAAGCCAGGCAGCUCACGAGAUCUCCAGCAAGCCUCCAAAAUGGCCUGAGAGCGUGGAGCGGUUCUGCAGCUCCCUACGGGACGAGUACCGGGCUGAGUUCGCAGGCCCGGAAGGCAUCCUGGUGGAGGUGGAGCUGGUGAAGGCGCGGCUGGAGAGAAGCAGUGGCAAAAGCCAGGAGAGGGAGCUGGCCACCCCGGACUGGGCAGAGAGGCAGUUGGCCCGCGGGGGUCUGGCCGAGGUGCUGGGGGCUGCCGGGGACCGCCGGCGGCCACGGGAGACACAGGUGAUCGCCGUGCUGGGCAAAGCAGGACAGGGGAAGAGCCGUUGGGCCCGGGAAGUGAGCCGGGCCUGGGCCUGCGGCCAGUUGCCCCAGUACGACUUCGUCUUCUACCUCCCCUGCCACUGUUUGGACCGCGCCAAAGGGGACACUUACCGCCUGCAGGAUCUGCUCUUCUGCCUGGGCCCCCAGCCACGGCCCAUGGACGAGGAGGUCUUCGGCCACGUCUUGAGGCGGCCCGACCGGGUUCUGCUCAUCCUGGACGCCUUCGAGGGGCUCGAAGGCCAAGAUGGCUUCCUGCACAGCGCGGGCGGACCCAUGUCCACAGAACCCCACUCCCUCCGGGGGCUGCUGGCCGGACUCUUCCAGCGGAAGCUGCUUCGAGGCUGCACCCUGCUGCUCACGGCCCGGCCCUGGGGCCGCCUGGCCCAGAGCCUGAGCAAGGCCGACGUCCUGUUCGAGGUGGCCGGCUUCUCAGCCGAGCAGGCUGAAACCUACAUGACGCGCUACUUGGAGUGCACUGGGGCGACCGCGCACCGGGAGCGAGCCCUGGCCCUCCUCCGGGGCCAGCCGUUCCUGCUCAGCCUCAGCCACAGCCCCACCGUGUGCCGGGCCGUGUGCCGGCUCUCUGAGGCCCUGCUAGAGCUGGGUGACAAGGCUGAGCUGCCCUCCACGCUCACGGGACUCUACGUGGGCCUGCUGGGCCCCGCGGCCCGGGACAGCCCCCCGGAGGCCCUGGCAGGACUGGCCAGGCUGGCCUGGGAGCUGGGCCGCAAACACCAGGGCACCUUGCAGGGCAGCCAGUUCCCAUCGGCCACUGUGAGGGCCUGGGCCGUGGCCAAAGGCCUGGUGCAGCCCGUCCCGGGCGCCCCCGAUGUGGAGCUGGCCUUCUCCAGCUUCCUCCUGCAGUGCUUCCUGGGGGCCGUGUGGCUGGCCCUGAGCACUGAAAUCAAGGACAAGGAGCUGCCACAGUACUUGGCGUUGACCCCGAGGAAGAAGAGGCCCUAUGACAACUGGCUGGAGGGCGUGCCGCGCUUCCUGGCUGGCCUGCUUUUCCAGCCUCACGCCGACUGCCUCGGAGCCCUGGCAGGGCCAGCCGCCGCCACCAUGGGGGCCAGGAAGCGGAAUGUGCUCAGCAGGUACCUGAAGCGCCUGCAGCCAGGGACGCUCCGGGCCGGGCGGCUGCUGGAGCUGCUGCACUGUGCGCACGAGGCCACCGAUGCCGCGAUCUGGCAGCACGUGGUGCAGGGGCUUCCAGCCCGCCUCUCCUUCCUGGGCACCCGGCUCACACCCCCCAACACCUACGUGCUAUGCAGCGCCUUGGCGGCGGCUGGCCAAGACUUCUCCCUGGACCUCCGCAGCACUGGCAUUGACCCCGCUGGGCUGGGGAGCCUCGUGGGACUCAGCUGCGUCACCCAUUUCAGGGCUUCGCUGAGUGACAUGGUGGGGCUGUGGGAGUCUCUACAGCAGCGUGGGGAGACCAAGCUGCUCCGGGCGGUGGAGGAGAAGUUCACCAUCGAGCCUUUCAAGGCCAAGUCCCCAAAGGAUGUGGAAGACCUCGGCAACCUCGUGCAGAUCCAGAGGACAAGGAAUUCCUCGGAAGACACAGCUGAAGAGCUCCCUGCUGUCCGGGACCUAAAGAAGCUGGAGUUUGCGCUGGGCUCUGUCUUAGGCCCCCAGGCUUUUCCCAAACUGGUGAGGAUCCUUGAGGCCUUUUCCUCCCUUCAGCAUCUGGACCUGGACUCGCUGAGCGAGAACAAGAUCGGGGACGAGGGUGUCGAGCAGUUGUCAGCCACCUUCCCUCGGCUGAGGGCCCUGGAGACUCUCAACUUGUCCCAGAACAGCAUCACUGACGUGGGCGCCUGCAAGCUCGCCGAGGCCCUGCCCUCCCUGGCUGCGUCCCUCCUCAGGCUGAGCCUGUACAAUAACAGCAUCUGUGACGUGGGAGCUGAGAGCCUGGCACACGUGCUUCCAGACAUGGUGUCCCUCCGGGUGUUGGACGUCCAGUAUAACAAGUUCACCGCCGCUGGGGCCCAGCAGCUCGCUGCCAGCCUGAGAAAGUGCCCUCAUGUGGAGACACUGGCGAUGUGGACGCCCACCAUCCCGUUUGGCGUCCAUGAACACCUGCAGCAGCUAGACUCACGGAUCAGCCUGAGAUGAGCUCCAUGAUGCCUGGGACGAG